AUGGCAAUCGAGGUGUUUCAAAUCAAAGCUCACAACAGGUGUUCUGGAAAAGGAUUUGGAAACUGGAGGUGCCAAAUAAGGGGAGAACUUCUGCUGGGGUUGUGGAUUGGUGGAAUGUACCUGGAGUGGCUUGCGCAAUAUAAAGCUUGUAUGGAGAGAUCACAACCCAUUGUUUCCCCCUGCCUGGUUCGGAGGAUUCGCCCACCUAAUCACACCCUUGUGCUCAAUUGUGAUGGCGCCGUAGGAAAGGAGGGCCGACACGAGGCUGGGGGAGGACCAAUGGGUUUGGAUGCGGUUGGAACUGAGCUAGCGGCCAUAAAGUAA